UGGAAGUUGUUUUGAUUAUCAUCAGUAAUUAAAAUUAUUAUGUGCGAUCAGUGAUGUAGGUACAAAAUUAUUAUCAGUGAGAAUUUUGAAAUAUAAAUGUGUCAAUUGAACUUAUACCAAACACUAUAAAAUAUACUAACAAUUUUGUCACCAGUUAUAACCUAAAAUUUCAUUCUUUUAUUGAAUUCGAUGAGUAACAAUCAACUAUGGAUCUGAGAAAAAAAAUAUUUCUAAUCGAUAAAACAAUUGAUACCAUUAAUGAAAAAAAAUUAUCAACUAAUAAAGAAGCUCUGCAAUUAUUAUUUCAUCAUACAAGAGAUCUUAACAAAUCUGUAAAUGACAGUUGUUCAAUUGUUGUGUCUGAAGUUAAACAAAUUUGGGAAAAAGCAGAAACUCCCACUCAAGAAAAUUCACGGUGUGUAGCAAAAUUAAUUAAGCUUUAUACCGACUACAGAGAUGCGCAAAAAUCUGUUAGUCGAAAUAAUGAACGAAAAGAGCAAAUUGUCUGCAAUAAUCUUGAAAAAUUAUUCGAUAUUGCUCAUGGUAAUACCUUUGCAAUGAUCGAUAAAGAGACAGCAGAGUUUUUGAUUGAUCAACGAACUCAGAGGAUGUUACAUCUGAAGUUUAAUUCAACGAAUAUUGACUUGUCGCCGGUACCUGGUGUUCUCAUUUCAUCUCCUGAGCUUAAUACUGAGAUUCAACUUAACGACGAAUUCCCCGAAAAUUCCUCUUCAACUCAUUUACUCACAGCAACAUCUCACGUUGUAACGAGCCCAGAAAAAUCUCUGAUACUCCAAGUACUUCACGAACAGUCAAUGAAAUCAAUUCUAGUGGAGAAAGUUUGAGCAACACACAAUCAACUUCUUUGUCCGAAUUUGAAGCAGCUGGGUGGUAUUAUGAAUCAAAAAAUCUUAGAGGCACUAUUAACGUUCUUACAGAAGAUGUGGUUGCGGCGUUCGACAGCUGUAAUAUUUCUUACAGAGAAUCAGUUCGUCUUGUUUCAGCUCUGGCACCAGCUAUGGGAAUUGAUCCACGUAAUCUCGUAUUAAAUAAAAGCUCUUUUCAUGAGAUAAGAACUAAUUUACGAGAGAAAAUGGCUUAAAAAAUUAAAGUUCUCUUCAACGAAACUGAAGUUAACGCUGCUGUUAUACACUGGGACGGAAAAUUGGUACUAUGACGUGUGAGAGAAUUGAAAGACUGCCUAUUUUAAUUAAUUAUAAUGGAAAAGGAAAACUCCUUGUUGUGCCUGCAUUGCCUGAUGGAUGUGGUUCUACUCAGGCAGAUGAAAUUUUUAACACUAUUUGUGAAUGGAGUUUAAAUAACUCCAUUAAAGCGCUUUGUUGCGAUACUACUAAUUCUAACCUCGGUUGGAAAAAUGGAGCUGCCGUGAUUCUAGGACGUUAACUUGGAGAAGAUUUGUUAUACCUUCCGUGCAGACAUCACAUCUACGAAUUAGUACUAUCUUGCGUAUUCUCUACUAAAAUGCCAGGUACAAUCGGGCCAAAUGUACUAUUAUUUAAAAAAUUUCAAAAUCAAUGGAGUUCUAUCGAUGAAACAAAAUAUAAGUCUGUACAUAAAAAUAAAAUAAAGAAGAUACUACCAGAUAAAAUACCGGAAGUUACGACAAAAAUUGAUGAUUUUCUGAAUACUCUUUUACCACGUGAUGACUAUCGAGAACUUUUGGAACUAAGUAAGGUCUUACGCACAAUGGGCUCUGACAGUAUCAAAUUUUAUAAACCUGGAGCAUUCCAUCAUGCUCGAUGGAUGUCCAAAGCAAUUUAUUGUUUAAAAAUUUAUAUUUUUCGAGAUUGCUUUGAUUUAACUAAGAAAUAUGAGAAAAGCUUAUUAGAAAUUUCCUUGUUUAUCGUAUUUGUGUAUGUUCCAUUCUGGUAUACUGCUCCUUUAGCUACAAUUGCACCGAACUAGGAUCUUGAGUUCAUUAAAAUACAAUAUACAAAUAUCGAGCAAUCGAUCAACAAUUAUCGGAAACAGUUUUAGCAAAAUUCAAAAAUCAGUUAUGGUUGAGGCUUUGAGAUCAAGUGAUGAGAAUCAAUUUGAGUUGCCUAAACGGUUUAUUUUUAACUCAGACGAUUUUAAAUGGUUUCUGAACAAAAACAUUAAUUACUUUAUUGAUUCUAACUCUGUGAAAUUUUUUGAAAGAUUUGGUAUUAACACAAACUUUCUUCAAUCAGAUCAAAGUGAAUGGUCAGAGAAUCCCGAGUAUUUGAGAGGCUUAGAAGUUGUUUAACACCUUCGAGUAGUCAAUGAUAUGGCAGAGAGAGCUGUCAAACUGACUGAAGAAUAUAUCAAUAUAGUAGCUAAGCAUGAAGAUCAGAAACAGUAUGUUAUUCAAAUUGUAAGUGCAUAUAAAAAAAUGUCCUAGUGUCA